AUGAAAUCUAAUAAAUUUAGUUAGGGUUGUGGUCCCAAAGAGGAAAAAUAGAGAUCUCGAAGUUUGUAUGCAUCAUAAUAUUUCAAUUUCGCUGAAGUACCAAAACAAAGGGCAUCUCAAGCAUCCAUUGUAAAAACAGAAGGCAAGGAGAUUUAAAGAAGAUUACUCUUCUACCAUAAAACAGUGCUCGUUGAUAAUGUGAUUAGGAAUUCAAAUAAAUAGCAAAAAAAUAAAAACUUCAAGGAAAAAAUGUUUGAGAUCAAUGAUUCUCGACAAAGAAGGUUGAGCUGUUCCUGCAAUGAGUGUGGCAAAAGAUCAACGAAGAUGAACAAAUUCCAUAAUGUAUAUUAAAAGUAAGAACAAACCUCCAAAGACUUUUGGUCGAGCUUAAUUAUAUAGUAGCAAUAGUAAUCAUAAUUAACUAUUUCAACAAAAUCAUUAAAGUCCACAACCACGCUCCUCUCAAUCCCAGACAUUAGUCCUAAAAAACAACAGUAGAAAAUAGAGAGUCCAAUGUCAAAGAAAUAUAAGCAAAACUAAAAAUUAGCCUCUCCUCCUCUCAUAAAUUUGAAACCAUAUCUUUAUGAAUCACCUCAGAAAAAAUUCACUAAUCUCCAAACCGAAUAAACCCAAUUGAUUCUUAAGCCAGUUUUUCUGAGAUCCUCAGUUCCGAACUUAGAAACCUUUGAGUAUUCUUCCAAACAAAGUAGUCCAAGAAGAGGCAAAUCUAAUUAAAAUUAAAAAUUGGAGUAAUAGGUGUAAACUGCUAGAAAUUUAACUAAAAGGAUGCUUCAAAUUUGCUAUUUGAAACCAUUCUCGGGAAUCUCAAAUCGAAAUACAUGUAUGAAUACAUAAAGAAAAGAACAAAAAUAUUGA